AUGAAGUGCGCCCUUUGGCUCGUGGCCCUGCUGUGCCCGGUGGGGUGGGGCGGAGCGGCGGUCGGCGAGGUUAGCGUGGUCGGCGGCGCGUCUAACGGUGCCGCGAACAGUGCCGCGAACAACGCGGCUGGCGACACCCCUAACAGUGCCGCUAACGCGGCGAACUACGUAGCUGGGGAGGAGCUCCUACACUUCGCGAACCCGGACGAGCUGUAUGACCUCCUGGCAGAGGAGGUGGAGCAGGUCGAGCGGAGCACUGCAGGUGGGAGUCUCCCCGUGGGGACCACUCAACAGGGAGGCCCCCUCGAGGGAAGCCCCAAGCUGAAGCGGCGGAGGGGGAAGACACCAAAGGGGUUGCUCAAACUGGGCCGAGUGAAAAGAGAAACCUUUCUGAAGCUUUACGAGUCGGCGAUGAGCCACUUCGACGUGGACGGCUACGGCGCCUUCAUGCAGGAGGUGAUUGCUCGCAGGAGGGGGAGCGACGAACCAGGGGGAGGGAAGCGGUGGAGAGGAACUACCAGGAGGUCCCGCCCUCACUGCGAUCGGGGGGUUAGCAGCGCAGUUAGCAGCGGCGUUAGCAGCGGAGUAAGUGGCCAUAAAGCUCUCGCGACUAGAGUGGAAUACCCCGGGGGGGCGAUCCGGUCGGCGUAUGGAAACAACCUGAGCAAGUGGAUGAAGGAGUCCCUGGAAGACGUAGAAUCGCCUGCAUCUAUAAAAGAACCCGGGCUAGCCAAUAUGUUGAUGCAGAGCCUGACCAUGGUGAAGGGCUUAAUCCAGUCAGUAGCAAGUGCAGUGGUAGAUAUAGUACCUCCCCUUAUCCCCCCACCUGUAUGGAUCAACAGACCCCUCCCUUGUCUGCCAAUGGUUACAGGAAAAAAUUGCUUAGGGUCUAUCCUCUACCCUAUAACAGCUGCGGAGUUCGUUACAUCUGACAUAACGGAUUCUAUAAUGAAUGGAAUCAUUUCUAGCUUCCCGUCUAAGUAUGCUUCAAAAGUGGGGAAAACGUCAGAUGCACAGUAUAGGCUAUGUGCCAUGGCCUACCUGGGCAUGUAUUGUGCUUCUAUCUUUCCCAUCUGUUGGAUGCCCAUCGGAUUGAAAGUUGCAGAAACCAUGUCUGUUUGCUUUCCCCAGUGUUUAGCUACCCUUAUCGCUUGCCCCGGGUUCUGGAUUGAUGACAUAGAAGGACCUUGCAGCAAUGCAUCUGUGCCUCCCUUCUGCUCCUUUUCCGUUUUUGUUAAUCAGAAGAUUGUUCCUCCCCAGUUGACUUCCUACGAUGAGUCGCAUGAUUAUCCUGCCACGUGUCCUACGAGCGAUGAUGCGUAUGACUCCUUGGAAGGGUUGCACCAACCGGAGGGUGGGGCACACAUGGAGAGCGUUUACAGCAAGGAGAGGGAAUCCUACUCGAAUGUAACUCUCCCCGUGUUCCCCGAUUUGGUUGCCAGGGUUUACCCUGAUGAAGGACCCACUGGGGAAGAGCUACCCUCCUGCAAGUGUCUACAGAUGGGCUCCCUUUGCAGGAGGCACUUUGCCAUUCCCGUGCUCGGGAGGCGCCACCCCGUUUUCUCCCCCGCGCACGAGGAACCGGUGGAGCUUUCCCCCCGCCAGAGCCGCUGCUGCAGGCUCUGCAGGCCCAUUUGGCGCGCCCUCUCCCCGCGGUAG